UUGAGUGUCAGCGGAGGGAGGGAUCGGAGACAGAGACAGUCCGUGAGCGAGCGUCUUCCGAUCGCGCAACUCUAUGUAGCCGUUGACAGCGAGUCCGAGCAGUUGGGCUGACACUUGGAGAUGCCACCAUUGAACCUCAACUUGUUUUGAAAACCACUUUCACCAAGCUCUUGGCCACCUUCCCUGAUCUUCUCACAAAGAAGGCAUUUCAGCUGAAGAUCAGAUCAUAAAUCCACAAUUGGAACAAUGAGGUUAUCAGGUUCCAUAAAGUUUUUAGUGGCUGGUGUUGUAUUUUUGCUUGUGGGUUAUUUCACACUACAAAUAUUUGAAAUCAAAAUAGAUGCAAAUUUGGGAGCAAUACUUGCCAGAUCAGAAGUUGAAGCGGAAGUAAAACCAACAAAGCCACCAAAGUACAAAUGUGGUCUCGCAAAGCCUUGUCCUGAGAAGCAUUUUGCGUUCAAAAUGGCAAGUGGAGCAGCAAAUGUUGUUGGACCCAAAAUCUGUGUUGACGAUAAAAUAAUAAUGAGUGGUGUUAAAAACAAUGUUGGUCGGGGAAUGAAUAUUGCUACAAUACAUGGCAAACAUGGCAAUGUUUUGGACACUAAAGUUUUUGACCUGUGGAGUGGAGAUGUGAAACCUUUCAUUGAUUUCCUGAAGUCCUUGCAGGAUGGAACAGUAGUGCUUAUGGCUACCUAUGAUGAUAGUGCAACCAAACUUAACGAUGAAGCACGGAAACUUGUCAGUGACUUGGGAAGUUCCUCCAUCUCAAAUGUUGCCUUCAGAGACAACUGGAUUUUUGUUGGUGCAAAAGGGAUUCAAUCAAAGAGUCCUUUUGAGCAGAUCAUAAAGAAUAAUAAAAAUACAAAUAAAUAUGAAGGCUGGCCCGAAGUUUUAGAAAUGGAAGGAUGUAUUCCCCAGAAAAAAGACUAAAAGCCAUCUACUCGACAGUGAAAAUGUUAUAUUUUGAGUUUAUGAUUUUCUUUGUUUUGUGUUGUUUAUUUCUCAAAGCCAAUGUUAUUCUAAAAUUAUGGAUUUAAUUGGAAACUUAGUAUCUUGGCUCGGGAAUGGGAGUUCAGCUAUUUUUCUUAAAAAUGCUUGGAGUUGGUCCAGUAAGGCUUUUGCUUAAAUUUUGUUUAAAACAAAGAAUCUGCUGAAUCUUCUAGUAUCUGAAUUUGGCAUCUAUAUUUGAAUGAAGAAUUUAAUGUUCUUUCUUUGUAACAAAUAGUGUUCAGCUGGUUUGUCACAAGUCUGCUCAAAGUUUUAAGAUUGAUUCACUCAGAAAUUUGUUUCAGACAAUUUACAAUGAUUGGGAGUAAAAUUAAUCAGAAAUUAGCUGUCUAUUAUGUUUCCCAGAGGCUGAAUUUCAGUCAUUAUUUCUGUUGCAGUUCACUAGUCUGCGAAAAUACAAUGCAUCAUGGCCAAUGAACUAUAUUUCUUUGUACUUGAAAUUGUUCUUGGAAAGUUAAUGGGUUAAAGCCUAAGUUUUACAGCAGUAUUAAGAAAUGACUGUCAUCAACCAAUUAAUAGAAAUUAUAAUAACUUAUUGUUACUAAAGUAGAUGAUCCCCUAAUUCUUAAUACUUGCAAAAGAACCCAGCGUACUCGCUUUAAUUUUUAAAAAAAUCUUUUCAUUGUGAUAAGUUCUGGUUACACUUUUCUAAAUGAGUGAAUUUAGGUUGUGAUACAUGAAAGGUCAUGUUUGGGAUUAUUUAUUUAUUUGAAUUUUUUUUGUAUGUUUUUUAAAUAACCUUGUGGGUAUAGAAGCAAUUUAGAAAAAGAUACAUUUUGAUGCUGACCACCAAGACAGCAAUUUUGUGUUGCUUUUACAAUGAAGUACAGCCUUUAUAGUUAGUACCUUGCCAUGUUAAGCAAAGCUCAUCAGUUUUAGUAGAGCGAUUGUCAACAUUUUCUGUGUUUAGAAUUAACAUUUGACAUUCCUGGAGAACACUGGUCCAAAUGUCUGCAAGAGAUUUGUUAUCUAACACGAGGGGGAAUCAAUUCAUACAGGAAAUGUCUUUUUAAAAUACAUCUGCAGCAACAGAUAAUAUUAAUAAGUUACCAAACAAAAAGUGCAAAUAUCUAAUGACAGAAAUCCAAAGGCCUCAGUGUUCCAAUUUGAACCUUGGUGUGUAGUAUAAAUUGAAGUGUAAGAGAAGGCAGACUUAGCAGUAAUCUUCUGUGGAAGAACUUUGUUCAGGACCAAUUACCUUUCUUUUCCAUUAUGUGAAUAAUUGUCUAGACCAUUUUAGAAUUGGCUAUUGAGAAAAUUCUGUGCAGACAAAUUACAACAAAGGCCACUAUGCACUUUUGUAAUGAUGCUAACACAAGCUCUUCAAUGUAAAGUGUGAUUGCUUCUUUGCUUGAUUCUGUUCACUUUAAAAAGUCUCCAGCCCCUGUGUACAAAAUGUUAGGUUCGUCACUUUCUCGUGUGAUUGCGAGCAAGCAACUGUUUAACUGUGAAUAUUGAUGAAAUAUUUAGAAACCAUCUCUCCAUACAGAAGGCAAAUGUAAAUAGAGGUAAAACAAAAUGUUUACUUGUGUUAUCUGGAAGGGGCAUGGAAUUUUCCACUCAUUUUCUAAGUCAGAAGUUUUCUGCAUUGUAAAAGAUUAGAAGUAGUGUGUACAAUUUGGCCGCCUUUACAUUGUAAUGAGUUUUAAAAAUGGAGCUCAAAUGGAAUUCAAAUUAAGACUGUAAUAUAGAGAAAAAUAAAUAAAUUUGAAAUUUC